CUCCGAGGCCUCCUUGCCUGCAAGCGGCCAUGGACAGGCCUUCCCUGCCUUGCUGGCCAUCCAGUCAGGAGUUUGAAAAAAGGGUCUUGUUCCAGGGAUCUGCGGAGACUUUACAUUUUGAAGGAAGUGCUACUGAUUCGAAGACAUUUCAGAAGCCCAGAACUUUGGAGAGCUCUAGCAGUCAUCUGUCCUCCUGGCCUGCAUACACACCAAGCAGCACUGUCCUGAUCAAAGGACAGCCGUGCACUCAGCCGGAUUGGAGAAGGAGCAUCAAAAGGCAACCAAAUUUUCCCACUUCAAAGCCACGCUACCUUGAAAUGCUGGAAGCCCACCUGCGGACAGAGCUGCAGUCUCUGGAUCUUACAAAAGGGAGAAUUCAGGAACUUAGACUCCAGCCUUAUAGAGAAGUAUUUGAGUUCUUCAUGGAUGAAUUCAAAACCUACAAACCCUUGUUGGCAUCCAUCAAGAAAGAAUACGAAACUACUAUAGCACAUCUGCGAGAUAAAAUCUACUCUUUGGAGUCAGUGAACGCCUACUUGGCCACAGCCUCCGACAAAUGCACUGAGAAGAUCCUGGCCUUUCAGAGGCAAGAGAAAGUCGAGAUAGUGCAGUUGAAGAAGGAGAGGAUCCACCUGCUGCAGCUCAUUGACCAAACAAAGGAGGAAAAAUCUUCUCUGGAGAUCCAGGUGAGUAAACUACAGAAGGCAGUAGCUGAAGAGAACCUCCGUUAUCUGAAUGAGCGUGAUGCCCGCAAGCUACUGCUGCUGGAUCUCAGUGAAAUGUACCGACUGAAGGAGGAAACAAAGCUGAGCAAAAUCCAAGACGAGAAGGGAGAAGAUUCAGUGAUGUUAACGCUUGCUUUGAAGACAGCGCGGCAGGACCUUACGAAAGCCCAAGUAGAGCUGAACACCAUGAAAGCCAAUUUUGGGGAUGUGGUGCCCAGAAGAGACUUUGAAUCUCAGGAGAAAAAAUACAAUGAGUUGGCCGAAAAGAUGAUGGCUCUUCAGGAGGACUUUAAGGAUCUCCAAGAAGAAUACAACACAGUGCUGGAGGUCCACAGGCAGGUUGCAGAGGAGCGCGACCAGUUCUAUAACGAACUCAUCAACGUCCAGCGCAAUUGCACACCACGUCCUGAGUGGGAUAAAUGUGCAGAGGUUAUUGCUGGUGGGCCCGAGCGCUGGACCACUCUGUCUGCAGGCAAGACUAGUGACCAGCUGGUGGACGUGCUUCUGGAAGAUCUUGGGGCGAUGUUGCUCAGAGAGAAAGACACCUUCACAGGGCUGGGGAAAGGUGACAAAAUCCCUAUCUUCCUGAGAUACGAUGGUCUGGUGCGAAACAAGAAGUUGACCAAGAAGGAAGUUGUGUCCAUCCUAAGGGAGAUCUGGAGAGAAAAGAUUUUCGUCGACCAACAGAAAGGAAAGCGAUCCAGCCUGCCAGAGUUCUUCCUCAACUACUUCCAGAGAAAGUUCGGAGAUACAAUUGCUUUUGACUGGACGUACAGUACCUUUGAAAUCAUGAAGCUCUAUCGGUCCAACGAAGCAAUGUCUGUAUUUUUUAACAUACUGACUGGAAACCUUGACGAAGUGACAUACCACAGCCACCUCCAGCAGCUCAACACUCUGUUAAAGGAACUGACUAACGUGGAUGUGGGAAGUACGGGCAAGUUGACCAGCGAACAGUUCAUAAUUGCCGUAAAGGCAGCUUUCCCCUAUAAGACUGAAGAACAGAUUCAGGAGUUAGUAGAUGCGGCAGGCUACAAGCCAGAAACUCCUGAGGAGUUCAUCCUCUACAAGCUCUUAUUCUUGGAGGAUGAGGAGGGGACUCCAGAACCCCUGGUUUUGAAGAUGAAAGAUCAGCAUAUACAUGAGAAGCAAGGAUAUCUACAUGCCAUGCAGGCUGAACUGGGAAGCAGGGAAGUGAGGCCAGAUGACCUGAGAGCCGCUUUCUGUAUCGUUGACCCUGGCUUGCCUGACCAAACCCUGGAGUCAUACAUCACCCACGUCUUCCAGGCUUCCAAAGAGCAACUGGAUUCUGCUUUCUCCCUGCCUGCCGAAACGGUGAUGCAGAAGCUUGCAAGCCUGGACCUCAGGCGACAAGGAGCUCCUCCAGGCGAGGCAAAAGGAACGCCACUCAUGGUAGAACAGUCAUCAUCUGUCUUCUGACCCAUGCCCUUCUUUGCUUCCCUCCCUCAAGUAAAUUUUAUGGAAGAUUGAGCUAGAAUGACACUGCCUUGAAAAAAGCGCUUUCUUCCUGUGGCUGUAGCAAUAAUCCCAGAUUAUCUCCCCCUCCCCUACAGAACAUGAGACCACAGAAUCAAUGUCUACUAUAAGAUGCUCCGUUCUUUAUGUACGCCUGUUUUUUGUAACCAUGAAAGCAGCCUGUUCAGACCAAACCAUUUUCCAAAAGCAACAUCACGUUACAAUCUCAUAUCAUAAAGAGGAGAGGUUGACUUUAGUUCAGACUGGUACCCCCCACUCCACACUGCCUCUAGACUCCCUACUUGACCACAUGAAGAAACCCUAGUCAACAACCAGUCACUCAAAUUGGACGCUUUUGAGGCAGACAGAUUUAGAACAUUCUUUCCUUUGCUGGCCCUCUUAGGAUUUCCACAAAUGUAAUUCAGACUGUUUUGUUCCUUUCUAGGAGCAAACACAGCAUUCAUGCUAAAGUUGGUGUGGUAAACCAAGAGAAUUUCAUUGUGUUCAAAAUUCAUCUGAGAUUAUGAGUGUGUGUGUGUGUCAGGGCUUUUAACACAACUAGCAGUAUUACUUGCAAGCAGAAGAUGUGGCAUUAAACUUUUAAAGACAAGUAAUAGGCAUCUGGGCUACUUUUCAUAUCUCUCUGUGAAAUUUUGGACUAUGUUGAAGAGUUAAUCUGUGAUAAUGAAAUAUAAAGAGUUGUUACAGUUUAUUAACUCAGUUUCCCAAACAGCUAAAGACUUGUUCUGUGUUAGAAAUAAAAUGAAAAUCUGAGUCAA